UUAUCAGACAUAACCAGAUUGCUGUGGGGGCAGGAAGCACUGACAAGAACAGAUCCUGCUUGGGAUAUAAGGAGAAGCAAAACCCCUCCUGGUUAAACUUAGUGUUUGAGCUGGUCAUGUGGAUGGGACUAACCCUGGGUUGGAGCCGCAUUACCUGUGUCCUAAGUGUGUACACAGGGGUCUUGUACACUGGCUUCCUCUGCCUGCAUGCUACAGUACCAAACCCGAAUCUGGAUGUUUGUUCCACCUGUCACAUUAAUGCUUCAUGCACAACAAAGGAUGGACUGAAAACCUGCACCUGUAACUAUGGAUUUUAUGGAAAUGGAAGGAGUUUCUGCACAGAUAAAAAUGAAUGCCAAAUGGGGUCUUUGAAGAUCUGUGGGAACUAUACGACUUGUUAUAAUACGUAUGGCAGUUAUUACUGUACGUGCAAUGAAGGAUACAGACCAUCCAACAAAAUGGAGUCAUUCAUUCCAAAUGACGGAACUCACUGUAUGAUUGUCAAUUGUGGAUCACCACCAUCGCUACUGAACACACUGUAUCAACCAGUUAGCACAACCUAUGGAAGUACAGUUGUGUACCAGUGCCAGGUUGGCUAUGUCCUUAUAACAGGAAAUGACACAUCAGUCUGCUCUGCCCAGGGGCAGUGGGAAGGAGCAAACCUGGAAUGUGAAGCUGUUGACUGUGGAUCACCACCAACUUUACCAAACACUGUGUCAUAUCCACCACACAACACAACCUAUGGAAGUACAGUUAAAUACCGGUGCCAGGAUGGCUACGUCCCUGUUAGAGAAAAUGAUACGUUAAUCUGCUCUGCACAGGGGCAGUGGGAAGGAGCAAAGCUGGAAUGUAAAGCUGUUAACUGUGGAUUACCACCAACUUUAUUAAACAUGAUGUCCAGUCAACCAAUCAACACAACCUAUGGAAGUGCAGUCACAUACCAGUGCCAGAUUGGCUAUGUCCCUGUGAGAGGAAAUGACACAUCAGUCUGCUCCGCACAGGGACAGUGGGAAGGAGUAAACCUGGAAUGUGAAGCUGUUGAGUGUGGACCUCCUCCAGUCUUACAGAAUACUGUCCAGUAUCUACCAAGUAACACAACAUUUGGAAGUACAGUCAUGUACCAGUGCGAGGUUGGCUAUUUGCAUGUGAAAGGUAAUGUCACAUCUGUCUGCUCCAUCCAAGGACAAUGGGAAGGACCACACCUGGAAUGCAAAGCUCUGGACUGUGGAUCACCACCGGUUUUACUGAACGCACUGACUCAUCGACCAGUCAACACUACCUAUGGAAGUACAGUCAUGUACCAGUGCUGGGUCGGCUAUGUCCCUGUGAGGGGAAACGUUACAUCAGUUUGCUCUGCCCGGGGGCAGUGGGAAGGAGCAAACCUGGAAUGUGAAGCUCUGGACUGUGGAUCACCACCGGCUUUACCGAAUGCAAGGCCACAUCGACCAGUCAACACUAGCUAUGGAAGUACAGUCAUGUACCAGUGCCGGGUCGGCUAUCUCCCUGUGAGGGGAAACGUUACAUCAGUUUGCUCUGCCCGGGGGCAGUGGGAAGGAGCAAACCUGGAAUGUGAAGCUGUUGAUUGUGGAUCACCGCCAUCUUUACUGAACACACUGUACCAUCAACCAGUCAACACAACCUAUGGAAGUACAGUUGUGUACCAGUGCCAGGUUGGCUAUGUCCCUGUGAGAGGAAAUUACACAUCAGUCUGCUCAGCCCAGGGGCAGUGGGUAGGAGCAAACCUGGAAUGUGAAGCUGUUGACUGUGGAUCACCACCAUCUUUACUGAACACACUGUCCCAUCGAAGAGUGAACACAACCUAUGGAAGUAAAGUUGUGUACCAGUGCCAGAUUGGCUAUAUGCAAGUAACAGGAAAUGACACAUCAGUCUGCUCUGCCCAAGGGCAGUGGAAAGGAGCAAACCUGAAAUGUGAAGGUCUGUGCUCCAAUACGUUUCUGAGCCUGAGUUAAACUGAAUCUAUGUAGAAAUAAU